AUGGAGAGAUUCGUCCGUCGCGGCCGGGAUGGACGGAUCUUGGGCGUGGACGAGUUCCAGGUGGCGAAAGCCCUGCUGGCCGGAGAGGCGGAGAUCUUGAGCCAAGAAGUCGACGGCCAGCACCUCUUCGACUUGUGCUGUCACUUCGGCUGCCAGAGCACGGCUGCCGCCAUGCUUACGCACGGUGUGUCUGGGUGCGUGUUCAGGGGCAGCUCUCGGCCUCUCGCUGCUCCUGAUGUGGCAAAGAAGGCGCCUCCAAGGCUUCCACCAUCGGUGCUUCCGUCUACUCCUGCUCCUCCUGCUUUUGCUGUGGCAAAGUGGGCGCCCCCAAUGUUGCCUUUCACUCCCACUGCUCCGCCGCCCAGAAAAGCCCCGCCGCCAGCUUGUCGCUGUCUUUGUUGGACCACGUGUGCAAGCUGCAGCUGGGGCUUCUCGGAGGAUGGCGGUGUUUGGAUGUGGGAUUGGGAUGCAAGCCUCCUGGCUGCCAAGGAGGCUGCUGAAAGCACGGCUGCGCUGCCCGUCGAUGGCGCUUUGCUCGACGCCUUCCGCUCCCAGCCAGGCAGCCCCGCACUCGCCACGGGGGAAGGUUUGGCCUACCUCCUCGACCUAGCCAUCCUCCUAGGGGGUGCCGAGCUGGCCAGACGCUGUGCCAGGCACUGCAAGUUCUUCCCGCUCAGGCGAUGGAGGGCCCGAGACUUCGUCAAACUCACAUAUAGUCCCGUAGGCCCGCACGUCAGUAUACAGGAGCUGGAUGUCCUGAUGGCAGCUUUGGCGGCCGGCGUUUCGAUUCAGCAUUUGGUGGUGCGUGAUUUUGGAUCGGUCUCGAUUGGGGAAGCCAUCGCGCUUUCCGGAGACGCAUUGCUCUG